ACAGCAAAAUUCAAUCUCACUCGUGAGUUACCAACAUUUGUUGUUUUUGUGACAAAGAGGUGGUCUUACUUAGUGCACCAAAACUAAAUCGUUUUCAACAGAACCAAAAAGCCCAAAUAACUUUACAUUUAGCCUCACAUCUCUCUCUCCCUCUCUCUCUCGAGCUCUCUCGAGCUAAAAACAGAAAGAGACACUCCCAAACGCAUUACACUCAAAAAUGGCUAUCACUAUGGCAAGUCUCAGAACAGCAGCCAUUGUUGCAACUCUAAUAAUCACAGCAACACAUCACAGCACAUCAGCAAAGCCUCCAUCUCCUCCAACACAGCCAGGCAUAGCUCCGGUGUCAGCACGGGCUAUUACAGAAUGCUUCAGAGCCUUAGUGAACACAUCAGAUUGCCUGAGCUAUGUGAAAUCUGAAAGUAACCUCACAAAACCAGAGAAAGGAUGCUGCCCAGAGAUAGCAGGACUUGUGGAAAGUAACCCCAUUUGCUUGUGUGAACUGUUAAGUCAUCCUGGAGCUUCUGGUUUUGCCAUUGAUAUUAAGAAAGCUCUCAAUCUUCCUUCUGUUUGUGGAGUUUCUUCUUCUUCUGCUCCUAAUGUUACUUCCUGCUCAGCUGCGGGAGUUCCAGUAUCGUUGGCUCCAAUAAGUCAAGAUGCCAUGUCCCCGAGUGAAAUACCAGCAGAAGGAUCAGCACGAAAUCCUUCAUCAGAGGAAUCUACUUUGAGCUAUCUUGAAAGCCAAGACGAUGAAGAUGAAGCUUCCAGCAUUAUCAAGGACUCUACUCUCAAUUUCAUUUUAUUAGGCUUCUCCACUUUCAUCAUCUUCACAUUAUCAUGAUUUUUAAGUAUUAUUAUUAAUUAUUAUGUUCUUAACUAAUGCCCUUUUUUAAUUUACCUAUAUAUAGAGUCCCCGUUUACAUUCAA